UGAUCUGCUUUAUUAAUGUUGGUAAGAUAGAAAAGAAAUAAAGUUGGUAAUUUCACUUCGUUUCUUCUUCAUCAUAUUAUAUUGUUUGGAUAUCAAUGGAACCGGCAGGAGAGUUUUAUCAUAUGGAGAAUGGAGGAGAUCAGUCUAAGAAGGCUGCGAUGGGUAAAGAAUCAUGGAACAAUGGGAUUCGGACAGCUCAAACCAUGUCGAAUUCACUUUUGCGGAAGAAAUCCGACCCCUUGCUGGUUUCCAAGCUUCGGUUUCAGAUGCUUCGACAGUUCUUAGCAAAUUUGCAGGAGGUCAUUCUUGGUACGAAGCUUGCUGUUCUCUUCCCCGCCAUCCCUUUGGCCAUUGCUGCUGAUUUCUACAAGUUCGGGAGACAUUGGAUAUUUGCCUUGAGUUUGCUUGGACUUACGCCGCUUGCCGAGCGAGUCAGCUUCCUCACCGAACAAAUUGCAUACUACACCGGUCCAACGGUUGGAGGAUUAUUGAAUGCAACAUGUGGAAAUGCAACAGAGCUGAUAAUAGCUUUAUUUGCUCUCUACCGAAGCAAAAUACAUGUCCUCAAGUACUCUCUUCUGGGUUCCAUUCUCUCCAAUCUCCUCCUUGUUCUUGGCUCCUCUCUCCUUUGUGGAGGCCUAGCCAACCUCAAAAAGGAACAACGAUAUGACAGGAAGCAAGCAGAUGUGAACUCUUCGCUGCUGUUGCUGGGAUUGCUUUGCCACAUGUUGCCAUUGAUGUCUCGAUACGCGGCAGCGCCAGGGGUUUUGAUUGCUGACUCUACACUUCAGCUGUCAAGAGCAAGUAGCAUUCUUAUGCUUGUGGCUUAUAUCGGAUAUAUCAUCUUCCAGCUUAAAACUCAUAGGCAGAUUUUCGACUCUCUUCAGGAAGACGAAGAAGAAGAAGAGGAGGAAGAAAAGGCAGUGAUAGGAUUUUGGAGUGCAUUUAGCUGGUUGGUUGGUAUGACUCUCAUCAUAGCUUUGUUAUCUGAGUAUGUGGUGGGCACAAUUGAGGCUGCAUCAGAAUCUUGGGGCAUUUCUGUUAGCUUUAUCAGCAUCAUUUUGAUACCUAUUGUGGGGAAUGCUGCCGAACAUGCUGGAGCCAUCAUCUUUGCUUUUAAGAAUAAAUUGGAUAUAUCUCUGGGUGUUGCUUUGGGUUCUGCAACUCAAAUAUCUAUGUUUGCUGUUCCCUUAUGUGUUGUGGUUGGCUGGAUGAUGAGAGUCCGAAUGGACCUUGAUUUCAGUCUUCUUGAAACUGCUUCUCUUGCCUUAACAAUCCUUGUUGUAGCCUUCACUUUGCAGGAUGGAACUUCACACUACAUGAAAGGAAUAGUUCUUUGCCUCUGUUACACUGCCAUUGCCGCAUGCUUUUUUGUUCUUAAAAUUCCAGCCCCUUUGGAUCAAACUAAUGUAAAGCUGGGACUCAAACCAUCAACUGGUAUCUCAGCCUAGGUGGCGGCGACGCCUUCUCUGGUGGAGGGGGAGUUGAUUAAUCUACCCUUGACACAAUGACGACUUUGCCGAUCAAUCAUUCAUUUUCCCAACGCUCGAAAAACUAUCUGGUUUCCUUUUUGAAUAUUAAGCAACGACGACGCUUUUGAGUAUUUACAGACAUGGCAAAAUGCUUGAGGCCAUUUUCAAGACAAUAUAUGACAAGAAAUCCAACCAACUUCUCCAAUCAUUUGAAAUAUAUAUAUAUAUAUAUAUAUAUGUUUGUAAAUAAACUGUGUCUUUGUGAUCCCUUAAUAAGGUUUUUGUCCCUGAUGUUUUCAUUAAACUAUGCCAUUAAUCGAAUGCUGCCAAAGUAGGGACAAAUUGUCAUUUAUUUGUGGUGAUGUAAUAAAUCAUUUGUUGGGGACU